CAGUAGUUUUUUUUUAUAGACUUCAUUUCUAACCUGAGAUGAAUAAGUCGAUAUAACGCAUCGGUAUUUCAAAAUGGGUGAUAAAAGCAAACAUUUUAACAGACCUGUCAUCUUCCUACUGCUGAUCACCGGCGCUUCUUUAUUUUGUGCUGUCUUUCUUAUCGUUUAUCAAUCAACCACAGAGAAUUGUAGGCCUACUGAUCAGUGUUACAAUGGCGGAAGCUUUAUUCAUGGAAACAAUACAUGCAGUUGUGCAAAGGGAUACGAUGGUCCACGCUGUGAGUUCAAUACCCAGAUUUGUCACAUUGGUCAGUGGUCUGAAUGGACGACUUGUUCCAAAACAUGUGGCCCUGGUGGUAUUCAGUUUAGAAGUAGAGAGAAUGAAUGUUCUGAUUCGCAGCAAACUUAUGAGCAAAAGGUUUGUAAUGUUCGUUGUUAUCAUGGGGGAGUUCUGUCGAAUAUUCGUGAAGAAUCCAUCUGCCAAAGUGGUUACAGUGGAGAAUGUUGUGAGAUACAAGACUGUGAAGUGACCCCAUGGAGCGAGUGGUCAACGUGCACUCAGGUGUGUGGACAUCAAGGGACGAGGUUUAGAACACGUAAUGUGGAAAAACCAUCUGCUUGUGGUGGAGCACCUUGUCCUGGGAACUUCACCGAGGAAGAAGAGUGUAAUAGAAAAUGUGACAACAAUGGAACUCUGGACGACAAAGUUGAAAAAUGCAGGUGUCCAGAUGGAUACAAUGGACAGUGCUGUGAGUGUAAAAUCCAAGAUUGUGUUAUGACCCCGUGGAGCCAGUGGUCAACAUGCACUCAAGUAUGUGGACCUCACGGGACGAGAUUUAGAACACGUAACGUUGACAAGUCACCGGUUUGUGGUGGAGCCCCUUGUCCUGGGAACUUCACCGAAGAAGAAGGGUGUAAUAGAAAAUGUGACAACAAUGGAACUCUGGACGACAAAGUUGAAAAAUGCAGGUGUCCAGGUGGAUACAAUGGACAGUGCUGUGAGUGCAAAAUCCAAGGUUGUGUUAUGACCCCGUGGAGCCAGUGGUCAACAUGCACUCAAGUGUGUGGACCUCAGGGGACGAGAUUUAGAACACGUAAUGUUGACAAGUCACCGGUUUGUGGUGGAGCCCCUUGUCCCGGAAACUUCACCGAAGAAGAAGGGUGUAAUAGAAAAUGUGACAACAAUGGAACUCUGGACGACAAAGUUGAAAAAUGCAGGUGUCCAGGUGGAUACAAUGGACAGUGCUGUGAGUGCAAAAUCCAAGAUUGUGUUAUGACCCCGUGGAGCGAAUGGUCAACAUGCUCUCACACAUGUGGGCCGCGUGGAACAACAUUCAGAACGCGUGAUGUGUACACUGCUCCCAUGUGUGGCGGAACAGAAUGUUCUAAAAUAUUCACCGAGAAAAGGGAAUGUAAUAGAGAAUGUGACAACAAUGGAACUAUUGACAACAAUGGUGGCAAAUGCAGGUGUCCAACCGGAUACACUGGACAGUGCUGUGAGUGCAGGAUCCAAGAUUGUGUUAUGACACCGUGGAAUGAUUGGUCAGCGUGCACUCGGGUGUGUGGACCUCAAGGGACGCGAUUUAGAAUACGUGAGGUGGCCAUGCAACCUGCUUGCGGUGGUGACCCAUGUUUUGGGAUUUUAACCGACGAAGAAGAUUGUAACAGGGAAUGUUACAACAACGGAAUUCUGGACAAAGUUGACAAAUGCACGUGCCCAGCCGGAUACAAUGGCCAGUGCUGUGAGUGUAAGAUUCAAGAUUGUGUUAUGACACCGUGGAGCGAAUGGUCAGCGUGCUCUCACACAUGUGGGCCACAUGGAAUGGCAAUACGAACGCGUGAUGUGCAAAGUUCACCCCAGUGUGGCGGAACACAAUGCUCUGGAAUAUUCACAGAUCAAAAGCCAUGUAAUAGGAUGUGUCACAACGAAGGAAUUUUGGACUACGACGCGAAUGCAUGCAGGUGCCCGGUCGGGUUCAGUGGUCAGUGCUGCCAAUGCGGGAACGUCGACUGUGAACUUAGCAACUGGACUGAAUGGUCAAAAUGCAAGGACGCAACGCACCAAAUACGGUCACGUGACGUUAAGAGAUACCAUGAGUGCGGAGGACAUGCGUGUAAUGGGUCGCUAACCGAAGCUCGUUCGUGUGAUGUAGUAUUGGAACACCGUUUGCUGCUCCCUACAUGGUUGGUGACGAUACUUAGUACCUAUAGUGUAUUGUUAACGUGUUUUGUCGGUGUGGUCUACAUCAGUUCAAUGAUGGUUGAUAAGAGCAGAAACAUUUAUAGAAGUGUUUUAAUUUUACUAUGCUUCCUGCUGCUGUCCGCUGGUGCCUUUAUAUUUUGUGGCGUCUAUCACUACAUCCUUUAUGUUUCCACCAUAGAGCAUUGUAACGAUCAGUGUUAUAAUGGUGGAAGCUUUAUUCAGGAAACCAAUACAUGCGCCUGUGCUAAAGGAUACGGUGGUCCAUGUUGUGAGUUCAAGACCCAGAUGUGCCAAAUUGGUCAGUGGUCUGAGUGGACGCCUUGUACCAAAAGGUGUGGUCCUGGUGGUAUCCAGUUUAGAAGUAGGGAGAAUGAUUGUUUCGAUUCGCAGCAAACGUAUGAGCAAAGGGCUUGUAAUGUUUAUUGUUAUCAUGGGGGAAUUCUGUCGAAUGUUCCUGAAAAAUGCAUUUGCGAAACUGGUUACAGUGGGGAAUGUUGCGAGUGUGAGAUACGCGACUGUGAAAUGACCCCUUGGAGCGAGUGGUCAAUAUGCACUCAGGUGUGUGGACCUCAAGGUACGAGAUUUAGAACACGUAAUGUGGACAAACCACCUGCUUGUGGUGGAGUCCCUUGUCCUGGGAUCUUAACAGAGGAAGAGGAGUGUAAUAAAAAAUGCUACAACAAUGGAACCCUGGACGACAAAGUUGACAAAUGCAGAUGUCCAGAUGGAUACAAUGGACAGUGCUGUGAGUGCAAGAUCCAAGAUUGUGUUAUGACCCCGUGGAGCGAAUGGUCAACAUGCUCUCACACAUGUGGGCCGCGUGGAACAACAUUCAGAACGCGUGAUGUGUACACUGCACCCAUGUGUGGCGGAACAGAAUGUUCUAAUGUAAUCACCGAGAAAAGGGAAUGUAAUAGAGAAUGUGACAACAAAGGAACCAUUGACAAUGAAGGUGACAAAUGCAGGUGUCCUGUCGGAUACACUGGACAGUGUUGUGAAUGCAGGAUCCAAGAUUGUGUUAUGACACCGUGGGCUGAUUGGUCAGCGUGCACACGCGCGUGUGGACCUCAAGGAACGCGAUUUAGAAUACGUAAUAUGGCUAUGCAACCUGCCUGCGGUGGAGACCCGUGUUUUGGGAUCUUAACCGACGAAGAGGAGUGUAACCGGGAAUGUUACAACAGCGGAAUUCUGGACGACAAAAGUGACAAAUGCACGUGCCCAGCCGGAUACAAUGGGCAGUGCUGUGAGUGUGAGAUUCAAGAUUGUGUUAUGACCCCGUGGAGCAAUUGGUCAGCGUGCUCUCACACUUGUGGGCCACAUGGAAUGGCAAUACGAACACGUGAUGUGCAAAGUCCACCUCAGUGUGGCGGAACAGAAUGCUCUGGAAUAUUCACAGAUCAAAAGCCAUGUGAUAGGGUGUGUCACAACGAAGGAAUUUUGGACUAUGAUGCGGGUGAAUGCAAGUGCCCGGACGGGUUCAGUGGUCAGUGCUGCCAAUGCGAGAACGUCGACUGUGAACUUAGUAACUGGACUGAAUGGUCAACUUGCAAGAACGCAACGCGUCAAAUACGGUCACGUGACGUUAAGAGAUACCACGAGUGCGCAGGGCAUGUGUGUAAGGGGUCACUAACCGAAGCUCGUUCGUGUGAUAUAGCAUUGAAACACAAGUGGUUGGUCUCAAAAUGGUUUGUGGUGACACUUAAUACAUAUAGUGUAUUGUUGACAUUUAUAUUUGCCUGUGUGGUCUACUUCAGGUGGAGAAGAAGACGAUAGCUUCUCAAUCAAGAAAACCUACAGAGUACCCAAGAGUUUUUGGCAGACUUACCGCUCUUACCGUUAUGGAUGAUAGUUAAAGAUUGGUUCAUUAAAAUUCGUAAACAAUUAAUGAAGGCAGUGGUUAUUGGUCUUAAACGAAUUCGUAAUUCUGAAUGGAUAUUAUUGUCUAGUCAUUUUACAAACAAUAACUUCUAGUCAGAAUUAAGUAUGUGCUUAAGACAGCAACUAAACUUAUGUAUCGUUUCCAGAAUAUUGCUAUUUACAUUGGCGGAUCUGGGGGGGGGGUCAGGGGGUCCUGACAAAAUUCUCUGUGUACCGGUACACACAUAGGCCUAUUUACUGUAAUAAGAAUGAGAAAAAAAUUACCUGACCGGUUACAAAAAGGGAAAACCUUGAAUUUUGAUUAAAAAUCCGGAAAACUCAUUUCUCGCCAUCUAAGAACCAACAUUUUCCUGGGGAGGACCCUCGACCACCGUCUUAUUUGAGGUUCAUCGAUUUAUUGAAAAAGGAAUAUGUACGCAGCGACUCAAUUUUUGUUAUGUACUGUAACGUACAUACACACAUAGUAGGGCUACUAGUAUUUACAGUAAUAAGAAUGAGAAGUUUACCCGACCGUUUUCAAGCGAAGGAAACCUUAAAAUUUAAAGAACUUAAAAGUCACCUCA